UGAUCUCCACGACGCUACACCCGGUAUCCGCCCAUACAAGCGUUUAGGCCAACCUCGAAUUCAGGACAGCAGGCCGAACGCUGUAUCAAAUGGAAAGUUCUAUCGAUUAAUUUCCUCUCUUUCGUCCGUAGCUCAUUGACAUUUAAAAGACAUUUCAUGAACACAAAUGCAGUCGUUUCAGUGUGAAGAAGGAAAUGCUGAGAUCGUGUGAAAAAGGACUAUCUGUUUGACUUAUUUGGUCGCUACUUCGGACACGGAACUCCACACUAAAAAGGUGAAUCAUGACAGAAUACAAACUGGUAGUGGUAGGAGCUGGAGGCGUGGGGAAGAGUGCCCUGACCAUCCAGCUCAUCCAGAACCACUUUGUGGAUGAAUACGACCCCACCAUCGAGGACUCGUACAGGAAGCAGGUGGUGAUUGACGGGGAGACGUGUCUGCUGGACAUCCUUGACACAGCAGGUCAGGAGGAGUACAGCGCCAUGAGGGACCAGUACAUGAGGACAGGGGAGGGCUUCCUCUGUGUCUUCGCCAUCAACAACACCAAGUCCUUUGAGGACAUCCACCAUUAUAGAGAGCAAAUAAAGCGGGUGAAGGACUCUGAGGACGUCCCCAUGGUCCUAGUGGGUAACAAGUGUGACCUACCCUCUCGCACAGUGGACACCAAGCAGGCCCAGGACCUGGCCCGCAGUUAUGGCAUCCCCUUCAUCGAGACCUCGGCCAAAACCAGACAGCGAGUGGAGGAUGCCUUUUACACCCUGGUGCGGGAAAUCAGGCUGCAACGCCUCAAUAAGCUCAGCAAGGAGGAAAAGACCCCGCGCUGCGUCAAGCUUAAAAAGUGUGUUGUGAUGUGAACUGGGGUGUUGAUGAUGCCUUUUACACGUUAGUCCGGGAGAUCCGAAAACACAAGGAGAAGAUGAGCAAAGAGGGCAAGAAGAAGAAAAAGAAAUCCAAGACUAAGUGCAUACUCAUGUGAAUAACCCUCAACGCCCCAUCCCUCUCCCCCCAUACCCCCCCCCCCCCCCCCCCCCCC